CUCGAGGUAAUUUAUAAUCGCGAGUUAAAAUCACUCUGUUCUAAACCGUUAAUUGUUGUUAUUAAACUAAUGAUUAUCAUUGCACUGUAAAAAAUAACCGGGGUAGUACAAGAACUGAAAAAUAAUUUUUGGUUGCCAGUAUACCUGUAGUCGUUGCACUGAUCAGUCGAUAGUUUUGUGAUAAAUUAUUUCUCAAGUGAAUUAAAUUAUUAACCAUGGGACGUGAUUCUAGAAAGGUUUCAAGAGAACUUCGGAGUUCUGAAAAAAUUAAUAAGUCGCGUUCAGUCAAAAGAAAGAAUGUUUUUAAUCCGAAAACAGCCGAACGUGAUGAAAGUAUUCAGAGUACAUCUUCUAAAAAAUUAAAACAAAACACUGAAGAUGAUGUACCUGAAGACAGCAGUACUGAAUUUCGAAUAAUAAAUUUUAUUCAGGUAUUCACUGCAAUUUCUGCUCUUAUAAAAUGUAAAAAAUGUGAUGGAAAUGUAGUGUUUCAAACAGCAAGUACACGUGGGCUGGGAUUCAAAAUUGUAGUUGCAUGUAAUAACUGUGGAAAUGAAUAUAUUCCUUCCUGUUCUUUCGUUGGGCAUUCUUAUGAAAUAAACAGACGUUUCAUUUUUGUAAUGAGAAUACUAGGAAUAGGAUACGAAGGAUUGUGCAAGUUUUGCGGCCUGAUGGACAUGCCGUCUUUUUUAGAUAAAUCUACGCAUACAAUUUUACUGAAACAGAUUUUGAAUUGUAGUAAAGCCGUCGCAGAAACCUUCAUGACGAAAGCUGUGAAUGAAGAAAAGCAAGCAAUGCCAACAACUGAAAAUGAAGAUAUAAAUCAUCUAACUGUAUCGGGAGAUGGAACCUGGCAAAAACGGGGAUAUACAUCGUCAUUUGGAGUUUCUUCUAUAAUUGGCUAUUUUACUGGAAAGAUUCUUGACAUAAACAUUAAAAGUGCAUAUUGUAAGCUAUGUGAGUAUUGGAAAAAAAAAACAAAUACUGUUGAGUUCGAGGAAUGGUAUCAAUCGCAUGAAGAUGUGUGUUCUGCUAAUCAUCAAGGGUCUUCUGGGAAAAUGGAGGUGGAUGCGAUGGUCGAAAUGUUUUCGUAUUCUGAAACUAAAUAUGGAGUUAAGUAUGCCAACUAUAUUGGUGAUGGUGACUCCAAGACCUAUUCAGGAAUUAUAAAAUCAGAUCCUUACGAAAAUACAACUGUAAAUAAAAAGGAAUGUAUAGGGCAUGUCCAAAAGCGGAUGGGGAGUCGAUUACGUACGCUGAAGAGUAAACAAAAAGGUCUUGGUGGUCGAGGUAAGCUCACAGGAAAAUUAAUAGACAAACUAACUGUGUACUAUGGUUUAGCAAUACGCCGGCAUUGUGAUUCUAUUGAAAAUAUGAAAUCUGCUAUAAUGGCAACCUUUUAUCACUACGGCUCGAGUGAUGAAAAACCGAAUCAUGAUAUGUGUCCAAAAGGCGAAGAAUCUUGGUGCUCUUACCAGCGCGCUGAAGCAAGAGGAGAGCUUGAUACCUUUUCUCACGAUUAUUCUCCUUUACCUUCUGAUGUUUUAAAAGCUAUCAAGCCUAUAUACGAAGAUCUUAGUAAUGAAAAUUUACUUUCAAGAUGUGUAGGUGGAUUCAAUCAGAAUAAUAAUGAAAGCUUUAACCAACUAGUAUGGAAAAUAUGCCCAAAAACGGUAAAUACUAGUUUUACCAUCGUACAAAUAGCUGCAUACGUUGCUAUGUGUAUAUUUAAUGAGGGUAUAAAUUCAUUAUUAGUCUUGAUGAAUACACUAGGACUUAAUUGUGGGCCUAAUUCUCAUCGGUAUGCAGAAAGAAUGGAUGCUGCACGUAUCAAAGUAGCAGAUAAGCGCGCUAAUGAUAACACCCGAGAAGGUCGAUUGCAACGUAGGCACCAGCAAAUCGAUAUUUUGGAAGCUGCUAUGUCGGCUGAAGAGCUAUUAUAUGGUCCAGGAAUAGAUGACUCAGUAUGAAUCUCCAAGGACUUAUGAUGAUCACCGCAAAGGACUUCGGGAGGAACGGGCUCUACAAAAACAGCGAUAACUUUUUGAAUUAUUAAUUUUUUUUUUUGAAAUUUUCGUGAAGUCAAAUCGAAACGUGUUCUAAUAAAGCUAUGUUUUUAUUUUUGUCAAAUAAAGUAAUUAACUACAAAAAAAAAAUUAUUGAAAAUCAUCAUUUUUUCAUACCCCUGAGUA